UCACAACUCAAGGGCUUCGUGCAAAACGGGUUUUUGUAAAGCACAGAUCUCAGGCCAUCGCUUGGAAAAACGACAGCUGGAUGACCUGUCCAUAUCUGCUGGACUUAAAAAAACGGUGAAGACAUAAAACUUGUUGAAAGUUGGUGAUGGAUGAUAUUGCGGCUGUAGUAUCCUCGGGACUCUGUCGCAGUGUCAGUAAUCUGCGAACCUUGUCAUGGAGGGACCAGCACAAGCCACUUGGAGUUUCGUAUUACACCAAGUACUCAAGCACCGACACUCUGCUUACCUCGGUGAAGUCGCAGAAAGAAUCGUCAUGUCCUCGUCACGUGAUGCAGACAGGUGGCAGCAGUCACUACAGCCUCAGCCAAAGACUUCGAUUGCGAAAGGAUAUGUUGCACCAACGCAAACGCAUCGUGGACAUCAGCUUCAUGCUGGGUAUCGCAGGAAUUACUUUCGUCGUCCUUGACACGGAACUUCGUUUUUCUCAAACAAUCAUGGAGGAUUCGCCGUUCUCGAUCUUACUCAAGGUUUUAACUUCCGCAUCCACUUUUUGCUUGCUUCUAUCAAUCAUCGCGUACCACGUGACUGGUCUCCGACUUCACAUGGCCAGUGCUGGUUUUCAGGGAUUAUUGGAGGACUGGCGGCUCGUGAUGACCAUCACCAAGUGGGUCAAACUCGCUUUCGAGCUCCUCAUCUGCGUCAUCCACCCGCUGCCGUUUCCUGCCUUCUCCCUGCCCACUAUGAUCGUGCGGGACGGACCGGGUGGCAAGCAGGAGCUACACGCCACCCUCCUACCCAUCAACUGCGUGCUGACGAUCCUCAUGUUCCUGCGCGUCUACCUGCUGGGCCGCUUCGUCGUCGUCCACAGCAAACUCUUCCUCGACACCUCCGUUCAGAGCCUGGGAGCCCUUUCUCGGGUCAAAAUCAACGCCCAGUUCGUUUUCAGGGCUCUGAUGUCCACGUCGCCCAUGGUCGUGCUGGGUUCCUGGAUGCUCGGAACCUUCUUUAUCAACAGCUGGAACUUGCGUGUGUGCGAGCUGUACACGGACCCGGAAUCCGACUUCAUCACAUACGGGCAGUCCAUGUGGCUGACGGCCGUGACCUUCUUGACCGUGGGUUACGGGGAUCUGGUGCCGAGGUCGUACUGCGCGCGAGUGAUCGCCAGUCUGACGGGUAUGAUGGGUGUCGGGAGCAUGGCACUGACUGUGGCAGUGCUAGCUAAGAAGCUAGAGCAGUCGAGAGCGGAAAGAUACGUUCACACCUUCGUUCAGCAAGUGAACCUGGACAAGAAGCGCAGACACGCUGCCGCAGACGUCGUAAAGCACACCUUUCAGAUCAUAAGGCUAAGACGAGCAGGUAAGGCCUGCAACUCCAAGGAGAUGAUACGUCACCGCUCGCGUCUCAUUCAGUCUCUGCGCACCAUGCACGAGGCGCAGUUCCUCAAGACGGCACAGUCCGAGUUCACCGUGGGAACAGUCGAGGUCAACACGGGCGUGAACGCCAUGCAGGAAUCCGUGAACACAAUCCAGAGUGAACAGAAGAAUCUGGGUCAGCGCGUGGCUAAUCUCGAGACACUUCUUCUGACGAUGAGCCGCCAGUGUCCGAGAUGUGUGACUUACUCAAACAGCGUGACGCCUAGUCUCCGAGACACUCAGCAUCCUGUGAUUUCUUAGCAUGCCAAUCCUUCGCAGCUGGGCAGGGUAUUUAUUUAUUUCUGGCUGCAGGAUGCAAUUCUCAAGACAGACGCCAUUUGUUCAUAGCUACCUUCGAUGAAAAAAACGGAAUAAAAUCGAAGAUAUGCAAAGAAAAAGACGGGUACUGUACUGCCAACAGUACACGAAACAAUCGCGCACCUGACCAUUUGUGAGAGGAGAAAACAACUACAUUGCUGUAACGCUGAAGGGAAUUUUGUGACUGUCCUAAUAUGAGUUACAUUUGCUUUUGUUAAAAACAGGCUGAUAAAGCCAGGACAUAACUCACAGAACACACCGCAGUGAAUCGCCGCCAUUACCUUACCAGACUGUUAAAGUCAAUUGUAUUAGCGAGAAAAACUUUCUGUACACACCGCGGAUUCCGCAAGACUUUCUGCUGACGAGGAGUGAAGAUUAGUUGAUAUAAACAUUAACGAUCAGGGCUUUAUCGACAGAUAACUAAGACUGCGAGGAUAAAGCGAACGUCCCUCGGUCUGUUUUAAUUGAAUGAAGGUCCAUAUUAUUAUGUAACAGGCGUAACGCACUUCAUCAACGCUUAUUUAAUAAUAAGAAUGCAUUGCAAGAUUCGUAAACAAGAUUUAAUGGCGUUUAAAAUGAAAAUCUUUGAUCGUCUGUACACUAAAUGAUCUCUUUCUGUAUUGCAUAUGCGCUGUGAAAAAAAUUUGAUUAGGAGAGAGGAAGUACAUGCUAAUUCUGCUUUCUUGCCUAUGUUGAAACAGGUGAUGUUUAAUGAGAAGUUUCAUAAUUUAACACGGCCUGAUUGGCUUUUGAAAAGUUUUUGCAUGAAUGUAUUUUGCUUUGGUUCAAAUGUGCAUAAUAAGCUCAAUUUUGACAUAAAUUGCUUACCCUUUGUGCACAUUGCAGGCAUACCCUGAACAAUUGUAUUUCUAUUACUUUGACUUCAUAAUUUCUGUUGUCGUCGUCGAGCGCUUUUAUCCCACAACAACACAACCAAAGCAGGUCGUUGACUAGCGAUAAUUAAAAAAUGAUUUUAAUCCACUGCCAAUUCAAUAACCAACAGUAACAUUUUUAAUUUUGUUUUCUUUGUAAGAUGAAUUCCUCUAUUUGAAAAAAUGAAAUCUUCAAGAAAGAAAUCCUGACUGCCAUGCAUGCAGAACAACAGACUCCUUAAAAAGCAUUCAAGAGUUUAAAAAAAAAUUUUCAGUGGCACAACAUAACACGACAAGCCAGGAAACCAAAUCCAGCCCAGCCAAUCUAAAAUAACUGGUCAACAACGACUCCCAUCCACUGUUCCAUUUAUCCAAUGUCCGUUUCUCCGCCUUAUUGUUCGCCUAUGUUUAUAAAAUUGUUACAAACGCCUCAGUCUUUCAAAGCAAGGAUUUCAAGAGUACAUGUACAGCAUUGAUCUUCGUCGUAAUGUUAUCGAAAUGUAAACAAGCAUUAUCUUGCCACCAACUACCACAUUAUUUCUGCUUGGUGCGCGCUUGCUUGUACGGCUAUACGUUUUCAAUGCAAUAACAGAUUGCGCGUAUAAACUAAUACCACAGCCAGAAACGUUCAAUGCAAAAAAAAAAAAAUGAUACAGGCAGGCUGAAAAUACAAAUACACCAAGGUCUUUGAGGUUCCUCAGCGGGACAAGCACCAUCACUUAAAGAACUUGUAAUGACACAUAUCGCAGAUUUUUUUUCGGAAAGAAAAUCUCUUCAAUGAAGUCCUCUGUCUUGCUGCAUUUAAAUCAACACCAGAACCGAAGGUGGAAAGACGCCCCAUGUUCAUAACAAACGACAACCUUAGCCACCAGCGAUUCCUCGAAGAAUAGAGACUGCCACCUUGGACAAAGGGCGCCAUUUAAAAUAAAGAUUGAAAAUAAUCGGUGUGUCUAAAACUCUUGAGUGAGUAUGGGAUGCUUUAUCUUCUUGUCUAACAAGGGAUUUUGCUUUUAACUCUUGACUACAAACCCAAUAACUAGCUAAAGACUACAACGAAGAAGCAGAAGAAGAGUAGCAGUAACACCAGCAGAACGACUUGAAGUCAAACAACAGCAACAUAGACAACUUUUUACUUAAUGGUGUGUAUGAUUUCGCUUACAUUUAAUCGCCUCCAAUGUCACUGGGGCAUUUCAAACAGUAUUCAGAUCACUGCUUUCUGACCGAAUAUUCGAUUACAAUUAAUGUAAAUAUUUACUCAUUAUACAGUCUUCAUUGUGUGAUUCAGAAGCUCUUAAAUGUAAUUAUAGUGUAAUUUACUAGUAGAACAUGUUAACAUAGUAAAUCUCCAUGGUUUGGCCAUCGUGAUAAAUUAAACAAUGAAUAUUAGUUUGACUAAAGGUAAUAAUAAUAUAUUCUAUGUUAUUUAUCGUUUGUUGUCAAAUAAAGCGAACAUGUUUUGGAAGCUAAAAGUUCACUGUUUCUGAGUAAUUUCGUGUCUCUGGCACCUUAGGUCAACCUCCACAAGCCUACUGUGUCAAAAAAGAAAAAGAAUACAAAAAUCACACCAUUACUUUGGCUGUUGCAUUAUUUUCAAAAACGGUUUGCAAUCCCACUUUCCUGUUUCGUGAUGCCUGAAAGAUUGUUCCAAAUUGGCCAAUACUUUAGUCAUUAUUUUGAAAAAACGGUCUGCAACCCCAACCUUUUUCCUUAGCGAUGCCUGAAAUAUGCCAUAAAUGGCCAGUCC